ACGUCUUCAUCAGAAUGCCUGAUAAGCCUCUCAAGCCAGGUGAGGUGCUGAGUAUCCUCCUCUACCUGAUGUCCAACUCCACCGUGGAGCACUUCACGCUCAGGGUGAAGGCCAAGAAAGGUGUCAACCUGCUCAGCACCAAGUCGAGGAGUGGGCAGUGGCUGGGGGGCUGGGCGCUGACGGGUGGCAAGCACUCCACUGCCACCGUCGAUGUGUCCAGAGCAGAAGGUGCUGGGCCCAGGGAUGGGGACUCCUCCUCUGAGAUCAUGCAGCUGGAUUUUGAGAUGGAGAACUUCACCAGCCAGUCGGUGACACGCCGCAUCAUGUGGCACAUCGACUACCGCGGCCGCAACCCCCCGCCCGACCUGGAGAAGGUGGUGACAGAGCUGACAGUCAUCCAGAGGGACAUCAGGGCCAUUGUGCCCCUGGCCAUGGACACAGAAAUCAUCAACACAGCCAUCCUGACGGGGCGGACAGUGGCCAUUCCUGUGAAGGUCAUUGCCAUUGAGCUGAGUGGUGGCAUCGUGGACGUCUCAGCUAUGGUCGAGUGCAAGUCCAACAAUGAAGACAUCAUCAAGGUCUCCAGCAGCUGUGACUACGUGUUUGUCAGCGGGAAGGAGUCGCAGGGCUCCAUGAGCGCCCGAGUCACCUUCACUUACGAGCACCUCUCAGCCCCACUGGAGAUGACAGUGUGGGUGCCCAAACUGCCGCUGCACAUCGAGCUCUCGGACGCCCGGUUGAGCCAAGUGAAGGGCUGGAGGGUGCCCAUCCUGCCGGACAGGAGGUCGGUGCGGGACAGCGAGCACGAGGAGGACGAGGAGGAGCGGAAGCAGAACAGGGGCUGUGCCCUGCAGUACCAGCAUUCCACGCUGCAGGUUUUCACCCAGUUCCACACCACGGCAGCAGAAGGCACAGGGCAGGUGGUCACCAUGCUGGGGCCUGACUGGCUGGUGGAGGUCACUGACCUGGUCAGCGACUUCAUGCGUGUGGAUGACCCGCGGGUGGCCCACAUGGUGGACAGCUUCACGCUGGCUGGGAGGGAGCCAGGCACCACACUCUUCAAGGUUGUGUCCCCACUCGUGGAGGCAGUGCUGGGUGAGACACUGGUGACGGUGGCAGAGGAGAAGGUCAGCAUCACAGACCUGAAGGCCCAGGUGGUCUCCAGCCUCUCCCUGUCCCUUCACCCCAGCCCUGGCAAUAGUCACACCAUCAUUGCCCGGACGUCCGUGCAGCAGACCCUCAGCUUCUUCAAGCAGGAAGCACUCCUGAGCCUGUGGAUUUCCUACAGCGAUGGCACCACAGCUCCCCUCUCCCUCUACGACCCCAAGGACUACAACCUGGUGGUGAGCAGCCUGGAUGAGAAGGUGGUCUCGGUGACCCAGGACCGGGCGUUCCCCUUGGUGGUGGCAGAGAGCGAGGGCACGGGGGAGCUGCUCCGGGCUGAGCUGGUCAUCUGCGAGAGCUGCCAGAAGACCAAGCGCAAGAGUGUGCUCUUCACGGCCUUGGCCACGGUGCGGGUCCACUUUGGGUCCGAGGAGGACCCAACCUAUGACUAUGACCACGUGCCCAGCAAGCCAGGGCUGGGGGAGACGGGGGCGAGUACCACCCUGCGGGCAGAGGUGGAGAGGAAAGCAGACCCGAGUGAGGACAGUAGGAUGUCCAGCGCAUCUCAUCCCACUGAGGACUUCCCCACCAUCCCCACUGGCUUUGUCCAGGUGUCCCGGGGGCUGACGGACCUGGAGAUAGGCAUGUACGCCCUCCUGGGUGUCUUCUGCCUGGCCAUCUUGGUCUUCCUCAUCAACUGCAUUGUCUUUGUGCUGAAAUACCGGCACAAGCGCAUCCCGCCUGAAGGCCAGACCAACAUGGACCAUUCCCACCACUGGGUCUUCUUGGGCAACGGGCAGCCCUUGCGGGCUCACAAUGACCUCUCCCCACAGCCCGAGAGCCCAGGGAACCCCCUGGAAACAGGGACCCCCCUGGAAAAUGUCCAGACCUGCUGCCAUGGGGACCACCACAGCAGCGGGAGCUCGCAGACCAGUGUGCAGAGCCAGGUCCAUGGCCGUGGGGAUGGUUCCUCAGGGGGCUCCACACGGGACCAGAGCGAGGACCCGCUCAACUCACCCACCUCCAAACGGAAGCGGGUGAAGUUCACCACCUUUGCCACA